AUGCAGUCCAAACAAUUCCUCUGUGUUUUAUUCGCAAUAUUUCUAACUUCAAUAUUCGAUUAUAAUGAUGCUGUAGUUUUUAAGCUUACAAACUUGGUGUGCGAGAGCUACAAUCAAUCCUGGGUCGUGUUUCACAACUGUCGACUGAAGGCGGUCGGGCGAAAUAAAGUGCUCCUCAAUUUAAAUGGAACGGUAUUACAUCCGGUCAACGAUGUAUCAAUUCAUGGAAGGUUUUUCAAAAGAGCAAACGGCAAUAGGCCUUGGCUUUAUGAUGUCACAAUUGAUGGCUGUCAGUUUGUACGAAAGGCAAAUAAUCCCAUUGCUUCAAUAGUCUAUCGGCUUUUCAAACAGUAUUCCAAUAUUAAUCACACAUGCCCCUACGUGGGACCACAGAUUGUUAAGGAUUUUUAUCUAAGACACGAGCUGCUUCGUGUUCCCAUGCCGACGGGCGAUUAUUUAUUGUCGAUUCAGUGGCUCUUUGAUAAGAAGUUGCAGUUUGAUACUAAUGUGAGUUUUGCGUUCGUAGAGGAUCUUAUGAAGAAAAAUUAAACCCAAAAUGGAUUGUACAGAAUAUUAUAUAUCUCUAAAAUUAUAAUCAAAAAACUUAUAUACAAUCAGUGUUCAGUGUAUUUAAAGCAAUUAA